ACAUUACACUCGUAACAUCGCUGCUGCAAAGACAUGAUUUGACUGUCAAAUAAUCAGUGACUAACAAGAAUACGGACCUCGCUAAUAAUGCAGAUUAGGUGUAAAAUUUUGAGUUAGUGGAGCAUGAUUUGUUUGUGACGUUUAAGGAAAAUAAAGAAAGUAUUUAAAAAAUAGACAUGUGAUCACAUUUUGCGCGUGCAUGUUUGUACCCAACACCUACGAAAGAUGAAAUAGCUGUAGUAAGUCGUGCUGCUUAUAAUGUCAUGAAAGCUGUCAUAUGAUGGAGAGGGUGCACAAACUACAUGAAGUGCGCCCAUCUCUCAGCCAGAUCACACACACAGAGUUCCAUCAUGGCCACAGCCGUCGAUAUCUACGAUGUUUUGUAGCAUGUUUUGUGUUCUUAUUCUUUCUGUUAAUGCUGUAUGUCCCAGCAUAUCAUCAGACUCGUACACGCGAAGACCAAAUACACAUUGUAAACAUUCCGGGCUGGUCUCUAAAUACAAGCAGAGAUUUGAAGCUGUAUGUGCUGCCAGAGAAUUUGACAGCAAUUAUUCCUCAGCCAGAUAUAUGUAGUGAAAAGCUAUUCCUCCUCAUUGUUGUGUGCUCAGCUGUUGGUAACUUUGAAGCUCGAUCAGCAAUCAGGCAGACAUGGGCAUCUGCACCUGUUGUUACUGAAAAAGCUAGUGCUAUAAGAGUAGCAUUCCUACUGGGUGAAUCGGAAAACAAUACUCUGCAGGAACAAGUUGAGGAAGAGAGCAUUAAACACAGUGAUAUAAUCCAAGAAGGCUUUUUGGACACAUACAACAACUUGACUUUAAAAAGUGUCAUGUUACUCAAAUGGACUGUUACAAACUGCCCGUCUGUUCGUUACAUUAUGAAAACCGAUGAUGAUAUGUUCGUCAAUAUUGAAAGCCUUGUACGCUUGCUUCGUUCUAAAGGUUCAACUGGUUUGUUGAUUGGUGCUCUUAUUUGUGGUGCACAUCCAAUAUCGGAUUCGCAUAGUAAGUGGUAUGCUCCGAGAUAUAUGUAUCCUGGAAGAGUUUACCCAAAUUACCUGUCAGGCACAGGAUAUGUAAUGUCAAAUGAUGUUAUGAAACGACUGUACAAAGCCGCUCUGCAGACGCCACUCUUCCAUUUGGAGGAUGUAUAUGUGACAGGACUGUGUUCCAAAGCAGCAGGCAUACGUCCACGUGAUCAUCCAGCUUUCACAUAUGCACGUCGUCGAAUUGAUCCUUGCUUGUUGCGUGAUCGUUCAGUUAUCACCAGCCAUCGCAUGGAUAGUGCUCAGCUGCUGAAGAUUUGGCCUCGCAUCCGGGAUCCAAAUCUUGAUUGCUCAAGUUUCACUGCAUCGCAGAAACCAAGUUCCAGACCCAACAAGAAAACAGCAAAAGUGAGGCGUCCAGUAAAUAAAUGUGUUUAAUUACCUGUAUAUGUGGACAUGAUUAGUCAGGAAAUGUCUUGGUUGUGAUACUGCUGUAUUGGUGUGAACAUGUGUGUUUAUUUUGUGUGUGUGCUAUCUUUCUUGUCAUGCUACCAUUAGGAUUAUUUGCGAAAUUUCUCUUCACGUUUCAGUGAUUUAUUUGAUUUUAAACAAAACAGAAAAUUGUUGGCUGUAUAUGUUACAAAACACUAACUUUUUUUAAGUAUGAGAUUACAUAUUUUUUAUGCGAAAACCUAAGGUACUCAGUCAUAAGCUCUCCAGUACUGUAGAAAGCUGACUGAGGGAUUUUGUCAGAUUUGUAAUUCAGUUUGCACAAAUAUUUUGGUCCCAGAAAAUGAUAGGGACAAAUAGUAUUAGUCCACUGUUUCUGUUGCAUUUUGGACACCAUUGCCUGAACUAGUCGUACAAAGUAUGAAAUAAUGGAUGCAUUGACGAUGUGUAACCAAGCAAACAUUUUAUAGUAUUUAUGCAUUCAUAUUUUUUUACAGGAAGACAUUGAGCAUUGCAGUGAAAUGAAGUGAGACUGGUUGGAAUUAAAAUUUUGUGAAAGAAAGAAAUGAUCAAUUGAUGCUUCAGUCUGCCAUACACUCUGAGAGUAAUUUACCAAAUUAAAUUUCAUAUCAGAUUUACUAUUUAGCUAACAGUACCAUAUUAUUGUUGUGGUUGUUUUAUAAAGAAAUUUUUUAUAUUUGACCUAAGCUCAAGCAACUGGCAAUCACAACAUAAAAAGUUAUUCUCUUACUAACAUUUGAUUUUUGCAAUUAUUUAUUUAUUUAUUUAUUUAUUGCUAUUUUAGGCUUCUGUUGCUUUUUCCCUGCAUAUCAGUAAUUUAAAAAAAGGUCAGAUAUUAAAAGUAAGGUGACAAAAAAUGAGAGUUUCAGAAGUCUUAAGAAAGAUAACAUGUGAAAAUUUUUGGAAUGUGGUACUGUAGAGCACGACUUUUAUUUUUAGAAAAAGGGUGUAUGGCAAAUUUGUGGGACUAUUGCUUUUUUCUUUCAUUGUACUCUGACAAUAUUGUUUGCUAAUUGUGUUCCAUAAAAAUAGAGUUGUGAAUAUACGAAUGCAACAGUAUUACUAUUCCGUUGUUCCUAAGUAUCAUAGUCAAUAAUUUUUAAAUUAACUGUGGCAGUUUGAACACAACUACGAGUGUUCCUUGUAUAGAUUUUAAUGCAAGUAAUUUAAAAAAAUCUCCUUCGUGUUGCAACUGCGAAGUUGAAUGAUUCUCUUUGUUAUUUUUCUGGUUUCUUUUUCAUGUACUGAUAUUUGCAAUUUCAUCUCUUACCUUUGUGAAUAUAUCUCUGUGAAUCAGCUGCCUUGCAGAACUUGUAUAAUAAUAAUAAUAAUAAAAGUGUUGACCUUUUAGUGGUUGUGCAUUUAGGAAAAUCUUCAUAUUUCAAAAUUUACAUAAUUAUUUUGUUAUGCUCAUCGCUAAAAUUGUCAGCAGCUGUAUAUUACUGCUCGACAGUUUUCUUGGAAUUAUUUUUGCUAUAGUGUGUAUUUAGUGAAUUGUGGAGAACUUGGUAAUAAACAUAUCGGAAAAUGUGUUGAUCUAGUACAUUAAAAAAGUUUAAUAUAUAAAUGAAUCCAAGAAUAAGAUCAUAUAUUCGGCUGUUACAAUACCUUACAUUCUGAUUUUUGACAUUCAGUGAUCAGGUGCUAAAUGUACACUAUUUCUGACAAUGAACCACCAGAUUUUGUAAAUACCCAUCUUGAGUGAGUGUCCAGUUAGCUUUGUAAAUGUAUUGUACUCUUGCCAUUAUGUUGUUUAUCAAUUCAGUCAUAGUAAAACACUGUAUUUCAAGAGUUCUGAGUUUCUUUGAUUUCUGUUUAACUGAAAUGUUCAGUGGUUGCGUCAGUGGUAAUUUAUAUAGUCUUCAUAGUGAACCUAGAGUUUUGUUACCAAUAUUCUUACUACUGUCUAAAUUGCUUUUGUAUAUUAAUACUGUAAACUACCAAGAAGAUGUUAUUGAAUUUACCGUUAAGUUAUUGUAUCGGACUGGUGCUUGUGUGUGCUGGCGCACAUUGCCUUUUUUCCCCUCUGUUUUUUUUUUUUUUUUUUUUAAUAUGGUGAAAGACAUCAACUCUUAAUUGGGGAUGGGGCAGGGUACUGUUGUUUUUAUUGAGUCUGUUUAUGUGUGUUUAAGAAGGAAAAGAUGUUUUAGCGGGCAUUUCAUCAUCAUAUUGCUUAUCCAAAUCCGUUACUUUUUUUUAUUAGAGCUUAAAAUAAGUCUUGCUUUUUCUGUAUUGCUUUCUGUGUUUCCCUUCAAUAGUUUACUGCUCUUUGGUGUAACAGAUAUUUUGCUCUUUGAUACAUUCAUUUUAUUUUUUUAUCCUUCACAAAAUGUAACUACUACUUCUGUAAACCUGAUUCGUUUAUACUGAUUGCUAAUACUGAAAAAUUUAUAUACCAAUUUCUCUAAAUGCAUUGAUCGAAUAUAUUUUCAUCGACAUUAUCAAAAAAAAAAAAAAAAAAUUGUGAAGCUUCAUCAUGUGUGACAGACUGAUGGGAGUGCUAAAGAAUACUCAUAUAUAAUAAUUUUUUUAAAAUAUUGUGCAGAAACAGUUAAUUUGUAGUAGAAUUGCACAACCCCAGCAACAUGUCAAUUGUGACUGCACAUUGACAUUAACGAAACUUGGUGCUGUGCUUUCACUUAGUUCUGAUGACACCUUUGAUUGUCAGAAGCUGAGUAGUAACUAUGUAGGUACAUGACCAUUCACAUUUCUCUUUUUACCUCAUACUGAAAGCUUCAUAGUCAAUUCAGUAGUCAGUCACAAAUAAUGAGAUAUAUUUUUGAAUAUGUGCAAUAAUAAAAACUUCUUCAACUGUUUUAUUACAGUAUAAUUUACUUGUGUGUGCCCACAAAUGGUGUAACUAGUUUGUGAGCGAAAUGUGGAUUGCUGAAAUUAUCAGGAGCUUUAGCUUGGUCCCUGUCUCUUCAGAGUGAUUGACAUGUGCUAGUAAUUUAGAUUUUUUUAGAGGUCAUGUGCCAUAGGUGUGUGUGUGUGUGUGUGUGUGUGUGUGUGUGUGUGUGUGUGUGUGUGUGUGUGUGUGAGAGAGAGAGAGAGAGAGAGAGAGAGAGAGAGAGAGAGAGAGAGAGAGAACAGGGUAUCAUGCCAUUGCCAGCAGCCCCCAGGUUUCAGUAAUUUUAAUCCAUUAUUUUAUUUAUCAGAUCAUAUCUGCAUAUAAUAUAUUUUCAAACCAUUAGUUUUGGUUAAUAGGAAUGCCAAAAUAUUUCUCAGGCCAUAGUUCAGAGACAGAUCUUCAUGGUGCUAUAUUGUUCUUAUAUUUCAGCUGGAUCAGUAGUAAAAAUUUGCUUGCUUUAAGUUUCCAAAUUUCAACUACCUUGAGUUGGAGGAUAAACAGUGAACUGUCUGAGAGUAAUGUAAAUAUUGGACUUGUAUUGUUGUUUAUAUUUUUCAUCGUUGAGAAUGCAUUUUUUCUUACAAAUAAUGUUCUUGUAGGUGCUUCAUUUGCCCAUCCAUAUUUAAAAGAAUUGUGGUAAAUAUAUUUACAAUAGUAGUUCAUGUCACAUUAAAUUUACAUGAUGUCGCUGAUGGAAGAGCAUUAAGAUUAGAGAGACACUGAUUUAUGUGUAUGUGGUCAUUUACCUCUUCCUUUGGUUAGACCUCACUUUGUGCGUGCGUGUGUGUGUGUGUGUGUGUGUGUGAGUGAGUGAGUGAGAUUGUUUCAGCACCUUGCAUAUGCAUGUGCCCGCACUUGGCUGUGCAAAUUCGUGUAGCUUGCACAUCUGAUACAAAUGUGGCAGAAUGAAAUUAGAGAGGCACAUUUUUCGAACAGGUUGUGAAUCUGCAAAUCAGUAUAUGUGCUUAAUAUAUUUUUAUCAUACUAAAAAUUUGCAUGUUUAUAGUGUUGAAUGUUGAUGUAACAUUUGCAGAUUUAAUAUUUUUGUGAAAAAUUAAAUUUGCUUUUUUGUGUGCAUAUUGUGCCAUAAAUGAGUCCUAAGAUGCCAUUGUUUUCUGAUAAUAAGUUUACAUAUUGUACUUCUUUCAGCUGUUUGAAGGUGAAAUCUUCACUUUUGGUGGCAGAAAGAUUAAUGUAAGUCAUAAAAUCAGAAAUUUGUGGGCCUUUUCUAAGGAAGAAAAUCAAAGAACACUAACUUUCAAGCCAUCACUGUAGAAUGCUAGAGUUGUUGUAAAAGUGGGAGAAGUACAAGAGUCAUAUUCUGUAAAUGGUACAGUAAGGGAUGAUUGCUCUAUAUUCCAUGAGACUUUUUCAUAUACUUCCUGCUAAUUGCAUAGGAACAGGGUAGGACAUUUUUGCUUAUGCUGUUGUGCUAUCUUUGCCAUUAGUGUGUAGUGCACAGUGAAUUCUGUUUUCACCUUUGAAACAUUUAAAAAAUGCAUUGUGUUUGUAAGUGAUAAAGCAACUGUUCUCAUCCUAACACUUUUCCUUCACUUGACAAUGUUUCCUUCUUUUUGUCAUUAAAAAGGUAACUACCAAAAUGUCUUAAGACCUGUUCUGUUGGUUGAUUUAUUCAAGCUAGGAUCAUAUUCAGUAUACUAGAGAUUUUUUUCCUUCUACAGCUCUCUUGUAUAUUUAUGUUGUUCAAUUUAUUAAUACCACUGUUACUUGUAGCAUAUUUAUACGGCAAUGUUAAGUUUGUUAUUUACAGUAUUCAUAUUUCAUAUUCUGUACAACUAAGCUCUUAAAACUCGAUUGGGGGGGGGGGGGGCGGGGGGGGGGGGAGCCUUGAAGAUGUAUAUCACUAGAGAUAUACUAUUGUUAUGAAAAAAAAGAAAGAAUCAGUUCACCUGAAAUAUCAAAUAUAAUAUUGCUGUAAAAAAAAAUUAGACUAAUUUUCCUUACUGGCAGUCUAUUGCUGCCAUAGAUACAUUAAAUUAGAUUUUAUGAAAUAGUUUUUUGUGCAGAAAGAAUGAGGGUAGAUGUAUUUAAUGUUGAAUCAAGCUAAAUACUUUUAGAAUCAGUUUCUACUUCAGUCAGUAUGCAAUAUAUCAAACUUUCAGUUGGCAAAGUUUGUCCAGUUCCAAAAAGAAGAGAACAGCUGCUUGUCUGAUAUGAAUCUAAAACUGUGUGCUGGAGAUAGUAUAAUUAAUAUGCAAAUAUUUAACUAUCUAGAGAUUUCUUUUCAUCACAGCAACAUUCGUGGUACAGUCUCUGCUAGCCAUUUCAUAUGUAUAGGUUUGCAAUAUUAUAAUCUUUUCUUUGUAGCCCCGAUGCCAAUAUUGAUUCCAACUCAUGAGUUAUCAUGUUAUUAUUUCAUUGUUUAUAACUGUACAAUAUUGUCUUUUUGCAGCAUGGCCAAUUUUAGUCCAAUAUUUGUGUGGGAUUUGGAAAAGUACUUAAUGAUUAAUAACUGAAACUUGACUCGAAGGCUGAAACUUUGUAACUAGAUGACUUAAAGGGAUCUGGUUUAUAUUUGAUAAGCUCUAUAAUUCUCAUGGAUGAAUAGUGGUCUACUUCAGAAUUGAAUUUGUUUUUACACUGACAAAAUAAAAAAGCCAAAUAUGCAGGAAGUUUAUGGGAUAAUCUCUUGAUGGACAUGCAUUUAGUAAAGCUCCAUAGGCUCUUUAAUGCAGAAAUUAGUAGUUAUUUACAGUGAAAUGUCUAUCAGUACCUAAGUAAAUGUUGGCAGUCACAGAUGCCUAUGUAUCAUUUAAUCUAACUUACUGGACACAGUUGCUUGGCAUUGUUGACAAAAGUUUAGUGGUUUUAUAUGUGUGUUUCUGAAAGCCAACAGAAAAAUGUACCCCACUGCUCAUCCAUACCACCACAGUGCACUUGUUUCUUGUAUGGUCCCUCCAGAUGCUUGUCUAACUUAAAAUGUAUCCUUCCAUGGAUACUUUUGGUCCUAUAAUGUUGAAGUUCAUAAGUAGUGAUUGAAAACAUUUAUAGAUGCAAUGCCUGAGUGUGCAGAGUACAAGCAUUGUAACUUCAUAGCCCAUACUGUCUUUUUCACAAGACAAGAAUAAAUAUUUAGCCAUUGGUUACCAACUCUCCUCCCUGAGGGAUUGCCUUAAAUUCAGUUACGUACUUGAAGUUGGCACAUAACAUCAUAUGAAACCAAGAUUAUGUUAAGGGGAUAAUUGAUGGUUUUCUGAGAUUACAUAUUCUGUGGAAAUAUGUAAUAUUAUGUGCAAACAUUUUGUUAUGUUGUAUCUAUUCAAAUAAGAAACAUCAGGAGCAAAAACGACACUUGGUUCCUGUGUAUUAUCAGUAAAAAUGAAACUAGUGAAGAGGCACAGAGUUAUAUUCUGUUUAGAUUUUUAAUAACUUACUGUUGAUGAUUACAUCUGCUAGAUUUAACACACAAUUUUUUACUGAUCAUGACUUUCAGAUUUAUUUAGUAUACAAAGUGGUUUGCAGUUUUACAUUAUGAAGAAUAUCCUGUCAUUUUUUUCUCAAUAGCAAGAAGCAUUGAGUCAGUUUCUGUCUAAGAUAAUGCAACUGUUGUGUGAUUAUAUGAAUCAUCAAAAAUAACUUAAUAGAGAUGUUUUGUACUGUUCAUGUUAUCAGAGUUUCUGUAAAGGCACAUUUUAGAAACUUGAAUAUAUGGAUUGAUGAUUUCUCACUACUUACAUUGCAGUUUCAGUGAAAAAAUGUGGAAUAUGUAUUAUUGUAUCAUUGUAUUUCUCUCUGCUUAUUCGUGAAACAUUCAGUCAAGGUAGAAGAAUAUAGGUUUUAGUACAGAAAGAGCUCAAAUAUGUCAGGUCUUCCAUUUUAUGGGAUUUUAUCAUACUCAGUGUCAUCAAUUCAUGCUGCUUGCAUCAUGGGUUCUUUUACAAGGCAGUCUCCCUAAUGUGUGGAAGGAGAAUGAGAUUUCAUGUUCCCUGAAGAACUUUAUUUUACUUGACCUUUUAAUUGUGUUGACAAGUUGCAUGCAGUCCCUCUGUGAGUUUUCAGUGCUUAUAUUAUUAUUUUAACAUUAAUUAUUCAGCUCUCUGAUACUUUUAUGUCUGAUUUUAGAUAGAAUUUUUUGCGUACAGGAUAUCACUGGUUUCCUCUUUAUGUCAUUUUGUUCUUCUCUUAUUUGUGGUAUGGCAUGCAGAAAUUGCAUAUCUGCUUCCAAGACCAAGAUGAGCAAAGUAUGAAAAUAUGUUUGAGUUUUCAGUUCAGUUCCAUUUAAUUUAUGUUGCAUGGAAACUAUACUCUGUGGUGCUGUCUUCAUAAUCUGUGCUAAUGGAAAAUGAAGUAAUUAUUAAACAAUAUUGUUAUGCAUGUUAAAUGUAAAAUAAUUCCUUUGGUGCCACUACAAAAAGAAAACAAUGUCCUUACAAAUUGUGUUUGUUGUAAUACAAAUAUGAGUCAAUUGCUGAGCAUUCCUCCUUCGAUGGCCAUUGUUGUGACUUUAGCAGCACCUGUACUCAAAUUUCCAUUGUUUGCUCCCUUCUAUCCAGUGCCAAUAAAUUACACAAAAAACUUAGAUAUAUAAUGCAGAAAGUGGAAACCACUGGAAUUAAGAGAAGAUGAUGGGAGGGGGCAAGCUCACAGUGGAGUAAUUUUUUAAGCACAGUGUGACCUCGAUAGGUAAUGUCACUCAUGUUUUCAGUUAUUUUAGGUAUAGAUGCACAUGAAAUAUCACUGUAAUCUUUUUUAUGUAUGUCAUGCAUGAUGUAACCAUUAUCAUAUUCCAGUAACUACAGUCUUCAGUUUUUCAAAAUACACUAUUUGUCACAGGUAUUUAUCUUCAAUGUUACAUUUAGAAAGGUACUGUAACAUGUCUAUAGAGCAUACUAUGUAAAAAAAUUUAGGUUCUAUUUUAGUGUCUUUCUAUGAGUAAUGCUAACAUUAGCCAGACAGCUUUCAUUGGUAUCAUUUUUACGAACAUGUAGUUCAACAUAUGUCAUCAAUUGCCUGAAGUGCUUACUACAGAAAGUGCAGAACUAUACAUAGCAGUGCACUUCUUUCUUGUAAUUGUCUUGUAAAGUUAAAAUUUUUCAGGUUGUAAUAAUUCUGUGCCAGCAUACUUUUCAUACUUUUGUAUGUAGUUUUACAACAGUGUAAAUUAAUUAUUUCUUGUUUUGUAAUGUAACUGUGAGGGUGGAAACUGUUGUUACCUUUAAAACUAUCUUUGCCAUAGGUUUUAGAAAAGCUUACAGUAUUUUUGAUACAGCUACAACAGCGUAUAGGGUGCUAUUUGUGUGUGUGUGUGUGUGUGUGUGUGUGUGUGUGUGUGUGUGUGUGUGUACGUGCGCAUGCACGUUUCAUACAAUUAUUCCCUAUUUUAAUUCUGGAAAUUUAACUGAAAUAGUACUCUUUCACAAUGUGCAAAAAAAUUGAGACAUUUGUCUGUGUGUUGUAAAACCACCUACACACAAAUAUAUGUGUGUACAUAAUUGAUAAGUUUAUUAAUGUGAUUUUGGUGCAGCAAAUUGUGUUUGUAAAACCAUUGAAUCUAGAUAACUUUGUGGCAAACACUGUUGCAGAACAUCAAAACUAUUGGCUUGAAUGGCUCAUUUAUUUUUCCCUGAAUGUACUACACAUGUAAGAUUAUUUCACCACUCUGAUAUGCUUGGGACAUUUUUGGAAUAUUAAAAAUGUGAAAAAAUUAGUUUUGUGCAUGUGUCUAAUUUUUACAUAAAAUUUAGUGAUUUUAUUUAAUGACUUUCUGCUAACUAAUGUAAGAUGCCAGAUGUAUUUGUUAGAUAGUGCUGAGCAUAAUAUAGUUAAGAGUUGCAAUUACAACCUAAUUAUUGUCAUAUCUAUUUAUUGCACAUUGCAAAAAUAACAGGGCCAAUAGUUUGUAGACUUCUGUUAAAAUGUCAGAUUUAAUAUAUUCUUUGGCAAAGUAAGUAAUUCUAUCUCCAAAACACUAUGUGGAGAACUUCUAUAAAUUUUGAUCACUUGUAUUUCUAUGUCUCCAGUGUGCUGCAGACACACUGUGAUGUGUAUAAUAGCUUUUCAUGCAUACGAUUUGUUUUUCGUUUUUCAGAAAAAAAAGUUGUAGUGAGUCUUAUAGUUUGCAAAUUAUAAAUGGUUUUAUCACACUUUCAAUCUUCAUGAAUCCCAUAUGGUGUUUCUAAUGUUUUUAUUCUCAUUGUUUUCUCAAAUUUUAGGAACAACAUAUUUUUGGGUAGUGUGACUUCUUUUCCAUAUAAUGGGAACCUGAGGAAUCCACUGAGACCUUUAUACAUUUAGCCUAUUGUUUCCUUCCAAUUUGACAGGUAAACACACAGUUGUUGCUUUACAGUAUUAACUAUAGUAACUCCUCAUGUCAUGUGACUAUUAUUUUUACUUUAAUAAAUAAAUCUUUUUGGGUCAUUUAUUAUAAUCUCACUAUGAUAAAAACAUUUGCGGAAUGGGAGCUUAUAUGUACAGCUUGUAAGCUGCUGUGUCGCCAUUUAUGAAUAUGAGAGAAAAUACAAUUACAGAAGUUGUUAAUGAUUCCUGAGAGAAGUAAAGGAAAACUGUGUGGAGAGUCUUACAUAUUAGGUUAUUCGAUAUUAUAACUACCUCUUGACAUUCCUAAUCUAUGUUGGGAACUGUUGAGAAAUUUAUUAAAAGCAAAUGUGUGGAAACUGCAAAGAAACUGGGCUGUUUUACCAUAAGAGUAUGUUUCUAUAAUUCUUUUAUACCAUUCUUGUCUCCCAUACUGCAUGGGGAAAAAUAUGGUAGCUAUACAUUUCACCUCUGGUUAUACUAAAUUCUAUACUUUUUGGUUACAGCUCAGUCUUUUUUCCAUUUUCUUUUUAAAUAUGAAUCUGUAAUUAUUCCAUUUCCAUUUGAAGCUUUCUCUGUAUGCUUCCCUGUUUAUAAUUCUGAUAGUCAUCUAACUGAAAGAUGAGUGAAAAUUGGAAGUAUGCCGAGUUUCCAAUAUUCGGAGCACAGGUUAUUUCAUACAGUGUGAUAGAGGGGAAGGCAGGAAAGAGUUUAGAUUGGACAAUGUGGUCUGGGUUUCUUUCAUGCUUAUGAGGAGUGCUCUUGCGGCCACAAGUUGUCAGCAGUUUCCACACUUUUUUCCAGUCUUGUAACAAUUUCUACACUUAUUUUAAACAAAAUACAGCAGCCUGUGUUCCAAGAGCUAUCUGUGUUAAGAAUUUGCAAUCUUAAAGCUUGACCUCUAACAGUGUGUUUGUAGGUUCUUCUUAACUGCCCUAUUUUAGCAUUUCUAUUUGAACUCUGACUUGUGAGUUACAAUAACCAGGUAGUUGCAUUUCAGAGAGCUUUGUAAACAUUCUGAGCAGUACAUGCAUUUAAAAAUCUCUUCCAUAGUUAAAAACUCCAAUCUUACUCACAAUUAAAUUGUCUGUUAAAAAGAAUUAUUUUAGUUGUUUAAUGCUUGUUGUGUUACUGAAAAAAAUUAAGCCUCAACAUAAAGACUGUUACACAAUUCAUGUAAACAUUUAUUUUUCACUAUAAGCUGUCCUUCAUAUUUAUAGGACAUUGUCACUUCUGGGUGUGAUACUUAUGUUGUUCUUUUUGAUUAGUUACACUCUUUCCUCGGUAACUCGUACCCAAAUAUAAAUGAAUUAAUUUUUAAAGGCAAUUCAUUCAAGUAAGUGGUGACAGAGAGAAGUCUCUUUUUAUUAUGCAUUUUUAAACAAAGUGCCUAUAUUGUAACUCCAUGGUAUUUGGUAAUAGUAGCCCAAACAGUAGAAUUCAUUAACUUCUUACACUUAAGAUUGCUAAACUGAUAAUAAAUAUAGAUGGAGAUGUGAAUUGUUCUCAUUAUUUUAUAACAAUCCAGUUUCAAAUAAAUGGAAUUUAGUUACUUGUGCGUACUGAGAAGACAGGAAAAUUGGUGUUUAGUGAUACUGAGCCAUCCACUUAAUAUUACAUCCUGAACUUUUGCACUUGGAUAAAUAUUACCAAAUACCAUCUAAUGAAUCAAAUGUUAAAAUGUGUUUCUUUGCCAAUAGUAGUUGCAGAGUGUGGAGGUAUAAAAUGGUGACAUGACAAAAUUCAGAUUGUAGUGUACAAGUAAUCAUAAAUGUGUAUCAGUAUUGGUUUAAGCAGUCUGUUUCAGGAUUGUUGCAUAUAACACAAAUUACAAAAGAAAGACAAAACAAUGUUAUCACACAUACAUAAUCCUCAGACAAGUAUUAUUAUGCCACAUUUCAGACAUUCACGGAGAUUCCUUUCAACAUUGUAUUGAAGAUACAUAUCAUUUCAGACAUUUUUAUCAUUACGAUUGUGAUAAAUGGUGAAAAAAAGAAAAAAGUCACUAUCUGGAAAGAACCUCAACUGGCUUUUGGGUGUUACUUAUACUUCAUUUGAUGUAUUUGUUACUCACAGUUCAUAGAGAUUGAUCAUAUAGAAAGACAAUGGCUUCUGUGCCACAGGCAGUGCUUAAGCGCUUUCGUAGAAGAUUGCAGAAGUUUCUGCUAGAUGGAUUCUUUGAAAUUUGUUGCACUGACAUUUGGAUCAGUUUUGUAUUUAAUAAGAGAGUCUAGUUAUUCUCUCCAAGCUAAGGCAAUGUUCCCAAACAUUUUACAUGUCUAUCCAGUUGUAUUUUUGACUAUGUUAAGAGUAUAUUGUAAAAGUGAAAGGAUUGCAAAACAUAUUACUGGCUACCCUCAAUAAAAUUGUAAUUAUUGUUAACAUCAGGAUAAUUUAUUGUUAACAUCAGGAUUCUGGAGAGUAGUGUGAUGAGAAAAAUGUUGCACAACUAUGCAACAAGUUUGUCCUUUCAUUCACUCUACUGUGCUGUAAUAUUGCUUUAUUAAAAUGUUUGUCAAAUUUUUAAUGGUUCUUAUCAUUGUGUUUCUACAUAGCUCAUCUCUGUCAUAAAUUGUUAAUUGCCUUCUGACUCCAAGUCUCAUUUUAUUAUUUCUUCUGUGUAUUACAUGUAACCUUAAUGUUGAGAAAAGUGGAAAUCUUAUAUUGCAAGCCCAUGGUGACAAGCAAUUACUGCUAUAUGUUUUCCACAGAGUUGCUAUGUUCUUAGUACAGCUGCCUAAUUUUUUGUAUUAAUAUUUAUUUUUGUAGGGAGUUUUAUAUGUUUUGCAUAUUAAAAGAUUCUCAAACUCCACAAGAAUAGACUGUAAACAAUGUGUUGUUUUCAUGGAUAUUUUGAAACUGAAAUAAAAUCUAUAAUGUGA